AUGCACUGCUGGGUGCCCAAGCUCCAAAAUCGACCCGACAUGAUCUGGUGUCAUACAAGAGUUCGGGUCCAACGUUCUGUGGCAAUGGUACGACACGGUCCGGGUCUUGGUACCUCACUUCAACGUCUACGUGCCGGACCUGGUAGGGGGUGGUGCAUUGUUGGGUGUGUUUGGGAGGGAGUUUUUGGUGGGGACAGUGCUUCGCAGAAAAAUCGAAGGUCGAUCAAAUUCUCGACAAUGGAAAGAGACUUCUUCGAUGACGCUCCUUGCUCUUCUAUCGCAGUUGAUUCUGUCAUACGUAUGGGCACUGUCGGCGAGAUUUGGGGUUCCUGUGUCGGUCCAUUUGAUGCUAACAAACUGGGUCUCACUAGUAUCGCUCGUGCAUCUUUCGUAGCUAAGUCGGUUGGUCAAUAUGGGCUUAAGUGGGGAUAUUUUGCCGCAAUUUUUUCUUUCACUCACUGUGGGAUUCAAAGAUAUUGCGGAAAAAAAGAUUGGGUUAAUGCAGGGGCAGCUUUUGCUGCUGGAACCCGAAACUGGAAACAGGUUGCUGGUGUUGUUUGUACUUUGUAUCAUUUUACUGAUAACUCCAGAUCUAAUGCACCGCAUGAUUGA